AAAUGGUCUAGAGGGUCUUUCACAUCGUAGCUACGGUCUCUUUGGUGUCGAGCAGCCUAGUGGGUUGGGUGCCACCACUUUACGAAGACGACUGCGAGAAGAAGAAUUUACUGCAUUAGAAGCACGCAGACAACGAAGAAGAGAAAGGAGGAGGAAGGUUAAUCUUGGAAACAACGUUCCUUCCUCUACUCGUUUUCAACGAGUAUUACGUUUUAAUAAAAAUAUGGCGGGAACUGAAACGCCUAACGUUAAACCUGAUGUUUUAAAUCCAUCAUCCGAAACUAACGAAAAUAAUGCAAGAGAACGGAACGUUCAAGGCGGUGGUGGAAGUAGCGGAGGAGGUGGCGGAGGAAGUGGCGGUGGCGGUGGAGGAGUAGGAGGUGGCGGAGGAGGUGGUGGAGGCGGAGGCGGCGGAGGAAAUAAUCGUGGACCUCGUGGUAGAAAAGGAGGCACAAGAUUCUCUGGUGGACGAGUACCAGGAAUGAUGGGUGGAGGCAGGAACGAUGGACCGAUGAAAAUGAGUGACUCCAUGAUAGAUGGUGGCUUAGAUAAUACAAUGUCUGAAGGAAUGGGAAGCAUGGGAGGAAUAGGAGGAAUAGGAGGAUUGGGUGGUAUGGGACCCCGUGGAGGAGUUGGUAUGCGUGGUGGCGGUGGCGGUGGUGGCGGAGGAGGUGGUGGAGGAGGUGGUGGUGGAAGAGGUGGCAGAGGCGGAGGAGAUAGAAAUAUAGGCAACCGUUCUCAAGAUGAUCGAUUAAUGGAACGAAUAAUGGCCAUAAGUGGUCCUACGCAUGAAUUAUCACCUCAAGAAACUGCCGAAAAGAAAUUCAGUGGUCGUAAUCGCUUGUACAUUGGUAAUCUUACUAAUGAUGUUACAGAAGAAGAAAUUCAAACAAUGUUUGCACAGUAUGGUGAAAUAUCCGAGUUGUUUGUUAACAAGGAGAAGAAUUUUGCAUUUCUUCGAAUGGAUUAUCGAGUUAAUGCUGAAAAAGCAAAACAUGAAUUAGAUGGUACAAUGCGUAAAGGACGUGCUCUUAAAGUACGAUUUGCACCUCAUUCUUCUACGAUCAAAGUCAAGAAUCUUACUACAUGGAUUUCGAAUGAAUUGUUAGAAAGAGCGUUCAGUGUAUUUGGAGAAAUUGAACGAGCCAUUGUUAUUGUGGAUGAUAGAGGGAAGUCUACUGGUGAGGGUAUUGUUGAGUAUUGUAGAAAACCAUCUGCUCAACUUGCUUUAAGGAAAUGUACAGAGGGAUGUUAUUUUCUUACUGCAUCUCUUCGACCUGUUGUCGUGGAACCUUUUGAGCAACAAGAUGAUAUAGAUGGUUAUCCUGACAAGAAUUUACCUCGAAAGAAUCCUGAAUUUUUCAAAGCACGUGAAAUUGGACCAAGAUUCGCGCAAAUAGGUAGUUUCGAACAUGAAUACGGGACGAGGUGGAAACAAUUACAUGAAUUAUACAAACAAAAAGAAGAAGCGUUGAAACGAGAAAUGGCAAUGGAAGAAGAGAAAUUGGAAGCUCAAAUGGAAUUUGCAAGAUACGAACAUGAAACCGAAUUACUGAGAGAACAAUUACGAAUGCGUGAAGCUGAUAGAGAAAGACAGAAGAGAGAAUGGGAAAUGAAAGAAAGGCAAGCGGAAGAACAAAGAACACGUGAAGAGGAAUUAAGGAGACGUCAACAAGAAGAAAUGGCAAUCCGUAUUAGAAGACAAGAAGAAGAAUUGCAUAGACGACAACAAGAAAAUAAUUUGUUCAUGCAGGAGCAAGCGAUGAGAGGCGGUGGUGCAGGAGGUGGAGGCGGUGGAGGUCUCGGUGGUGGAAAGAAUUAUGAUUCCGUUAGUAAUAGUGAUCGCGACGGUUAUGGCCAACCGGACGGAGGAAGCAGCAUGCCAGUGGAUCCAAAGUCGUUUAUGGAUGCAUAUAAUAACAUGGAUCGUGGUAGUCGUGGUGGUGGUUAUAACGACGAUCGGGGACAAAUCAUGGAUUUGAUGGAUAUGAGAGUAGAUAUGAGUAACAUGGGUGGUGGUCGUGGUGGUAGUGGUGGAGGUGGACGCUGGCAAGGAAAUGAUCGAAAUCGUCAAGACGAUUAUCCUAAUAAAAGGAGACGUUAUUAGAAAGAAAGAAAAAAAAAACAUUUCGAAGGAGGUGGAGAUUAUUAAAAAAAAAAAAAA